ACAAUGACGUUGCUCAGUGUCUACUAGUAGUCUGUUCUGCUGAGCGCUCCUCGCUUUCCUUCAGAGAGCCGCUUUUCUAAACUCAGCCCCGGGAAACCAUGUCCGAGCAGGCCUCGGGACCCACCCAGCCGCCUCAACAAGACGGGGUUCUGCAGCAGCGCGUGGCUGAGCAGGAGCAGGAUCGAACUGACUUCCUGAAGCUCAAACAACAGCUGGAGAUGGAGUUCAACCAGAAGCGGGCCAAGUUUAAGGAACUCUAUCUGUCUAAAGAAGAGGAGCUGAAGAGGCAGGCUGCUGUACUGGAGAAGGCCCAGGCAGAGCUGAGCAGUGUGCAGACGCAGCUGGAGGAGGCUAAAGCAGAGAUGGAGACCAUCAAAGCGGUGGCCACUGUCUCUGAGAGCACAAAGCAGGAAGCCAUCGACCAGGUCAAGCAGCAGUGGCAGGAGGAGGUGGCGUCACUGCAGGCUAUUAUGAAAGAUGCAGAGCGGGAAAUUAAGUUGCAGUUCCAGCAGAAGCUGGAGCAGGAGCGCGCUCAUUGGACACAGUACCGCGACGGGAUGGAGCGAGAGGUGGCUGAGCUCCGCCGCCGUCUCUCUGAGGGACAGGAGGAGGAGAACUUGGAGAACGAGAUGAAGAAGGCUCAGGAGGACGCAGAGAAGCUACGCUCGGUGGUGAUGCCAAUGGAGAGUGAGAUUGCAGCGCUGAAGGCCAAACUGUCAAGCUCAGAAGAUCGAGUUAAGGAACUCGAGGCAGCGAAGGUGAAGGAGCUCAAUCACGUCCUGAAGGCUGAGAAAUCAUGCCGUACAGACUUGGAGAUGUAUGUUGCCGUCCUCAACACCCAGAAAUCUGUCCUUCAAGAAGACGCAGAGAAACUUCGGAAAGAACUACAUGAAGUGGUUCACCUGCUGGAGUUGGAGCGGCAACAGCACAAUCAGCUGAAACACACUUGGCAACGUGCCAACGAUCAGUUCCUGGAGUCACAGCGGCUGCUGAUGCGAGACAUGCAGCGCAUUGAGAGCGUUCUGUCCUCCGAGCAGCUGCGGCAGGUGGAGGAGAUGAAGAAGAGGGACCAGGAAGAGGAUGAGAAGGAAAGAUUGAGCCAGGCUAAAGAGGCCAGUGAGGAUGAUGGGACGGAGCAUGCAGAAGCAGGGGAAGACUCUCUGCUCGGACUCUCCAUAGAAGAGUCCCACCUCAGCCAGAGCAUCCACAGCUCUUUACACUCUCUGGACGCAGACACCCCGGGCCGCCCGGACGGCUCUGACCCUUAUAAGGAUGGGCUUCGGAGGGUGCAGUCCACCGACAGCCUGGGUUCUUCAGGAGGGGCCCUACAGCCUCACGGGCUCGGUGGACACAACAACAAGGCCAAGUCAGCCAGCCAGCUGGACGAGUCGGACUUUGGUCCUCUAGUGGGGGCAGACUGCGGGGGCUUUGACAGCAGGGACACCUCCUCCAUAUCCUCCCUCCAGCCAGGACACUUUCUCCUCACCAAGGACCAGGAGAAGGCCAUUAAGGCCAUGACCCCAGAGCAGGAGGAAACAGCAUCACUCCUGUCCAGCAUCUCUCAUACUGCUGAUACGGCUUACCUGCCUCCGUCUGGCUACCGACUGGUCAGCGAGAGCGAGUGGAAUCUGCUGCAGCAACAGUUGAAGAACGCUGGAAGGAAGUUGGGGCGGCGAUGUGAUAUGUGCUCUAAUUAUGAAAAACAGCUGCAGGUCAUUCAGGGACAAGAGGCAGAGACACGAGAUCAGGUUAAAAAGCUUCAGGCCAUGUUGCGGCAGGCGAACGAUCAGCUGGAGCGGAUGAUGAAUGAGAGGCAUGAGUUAGAGGACUCUGUCAAACAGGCCAAUGAGGAAACUACUGCCAAGAUCUCCGAGUUGAAGCAGAAAGUUCAGGAGUCUGAAUCUCUCAUAAGCGCUCUCCAACAGGCCUUCAGCCAGGCCAAGAGGAACACCCAGGAACAGAUGGCUGUGCUGCUACAGUCCAGAGAGCAGGUGACUGAAGAGCUGAACAGACUGCAGAGAGAUAAUGAGAGUCUUCAGGGUAAACACAGACUUCACAUGACGCUGCAGCAGCAAGAGGACUUUCACAUGCCUACCACUGUACAGGUACUACAACACACAUGCGAGUUGCACCUGUAAAUGCACCUUCUGUUCAGUUCCACUGAGCUUCAUCAAUCAGCUUUAACAUUUGAACAUAUCCUGUUCAGUGUUGGGAGUAACGCGUUACAAAAGUAAUGCAUUACAGUAACUGAUUACUUUUUGCU